GCAGAGGGGCGGUUAUUUAUUGCUUUGUUGUAUGCGCAGCUGUUCAAACUGCAAGUAAAGCUGUAGAAACUAUUGAGCUUUGUCCCACCAACGUAACAUGUCCUUGAAAUAAGAAUAAUAAUGUAAACAUUUUUGUCCAAGGGGCAAGCAAAUGUCCCUACUGACGCACAGCACUUUUAUUUUUCAAAGUUGCUGUGAGUUUCAGUGAGAGGCGGUUAUUGUUGGAACGUUUCGCGCCCACUCCGAGCAAAGUAUGAAGGAGCUGAUGAUAUGCAUCGGCCUCUUGCUGGUUGUGACCAGUUUCACCGGCGUCCGAUCCCAAGGUCCCAGCGAUUGGUUCUCAGAUGACGAUUCCGAUGAUUCCGACGAUUCUGAGGAUUCUAGCGAUUACGAUGAUUCUGAUGAGACAAUUAAUGGACGAGGCGAAGAAGAUGCGAGGCGAUUCAUGGCUCGUCUUAGUAAAGAGAUGGACAAACGAAUGAAUAAAAAUAUGCUCGCUUCGUGGGCCUACGAAACAAACGUGAGCAACGAAACGCUCAAUAACCAGAUUGCAGUCGAAGCAGAGAGUGCAAGAUUUAUACGGAAGAGAUGGUUAGAGGCAAAGCAGUAUCGCUGGCGAACCUUCACGGAUGCGAGGCUCAAAAGACAGUUCUUCAUGUUCUCCAUCAUAGGAGAGGAGGCUCUUACGGAGAAAAAAUACAAAGAGUAUAAACAAAUCAUAGGUGAGAUGACCGAUCUCUACAGUCAAGCAAAGGUCUGCAGUUACCAGAACAGGACUAACUGUGAUGUUAAACUUGACCCAGAUAUUAUGAAAAUAAUGGCUGCAAGCAGAGAUCCAGAUGAACUGAAAUAUUACUGGAUUGAAUGGCACAAUGCCAUUGGCAAGGGUAUCAGACCGUUAUUUCCCCGAUAUGUUCGGUUAUUCAGAGAAGCAGCAGCUUUAAACAACUUGAAAGACCCAGCAAAAUUGUGGUUGUGGGAAUAUGAAGAUGAAUAUUUUACAACAUAUGUCGCUAAACUUUGGGAGCAAAUGAAGCCAUUAUACUUGCAGGUUCAUGCUUUCGUACGUAGAAAAUUGAGAGAAAAAUAUGGCGAAAAAGUUGUACCAAGAGGCAAACCGAUUCCUUCCCAUUUACUGGGAAAUGUAUGGGCACAUCAAUGGUUCAGCAUUGCAGACUUGACAUACCCAUUCAAUAUGAAAGCAAUUGAUAUUACUCCAGAAAUGGUCAAAAAGGGAUACACUGUAGAAAAAAUAUUUAAAGUUGCUGAAGAUUUUUACACAUCCAUAGAUCUGAACCCGAUGCCUGAUUCAUUUUGGAAACUUUCGAUGUUAGAAAAACCAAAGGACAGAAAAGUCAUAUGCGAGGCAGCAGCAAAGGACUUUUAUGAUGGUAAAGAUUACAGAAUGAGACAAUGCACGACCGUCACUUAUGAGAAUCUGAGGAUGGCUCAUCGUGAAAUGGGACUUCUUGAGUAUUUCCUGCAGUACAAACAUCAGCCCUACUUUUUCAAGAAAGGUGCUAAUCCAGGUUUCCGUGAAGCAAUUGGCGAUACAAUUGUUUUUUCCGUACAAACGGCAAAUCAUUUGCAAGGACUAGGACUAAUCAAUGGUACCACCGUUCCGGAUGCUGACACGGAACUGCUUAGUUUGCUUGUGACUGGACUGAGGAAAAUAAUUCUAAUACCGUAUGCAUAUAUGAUGGAUAUGUGGCGAUGGGGUGUUUUUAGGGGUGAAAUCACGGAGAACCAGUACAACCAUGCCUGGUGGAAGCUGAGAACUGAACUCCAAGGGCUUGAGCCUCCUGAGUUCCGCUCCGAAGAAUUUUUCGACCCUGGAGUCAAGUACCAGAUAGCUGCUGGGAAAGAAUACUUGAGAUAUUUUGUGAGCUUUGUGAUCCAAUUUCAAUUUCAUCGAUCCUUGUGUGAAGCUGCCGGGCAGUAUAAUCCAAACAAUCCCGAUGAAAAGCCUUUACAUCGAUGUGAUAUUUGCAAAAACAAAGAUGCAGGCAACUUGUUAAAGCGGCUAUUGACGUUGGGAGCAUCAGUUCCAUGGCGAGAAGCAAUGAAAGUAAUAACCGGACAAAGUGAAAUGGACACCUCAGCAAUACUCCAGUACUUCAAGCCACUUCAAACAUACCUAGAAGCAGAAAACAAACGAACUGGAGAAAUUAUUGGAUGGUGAUCUUCUGACUGCAAAGAAUUUCAGAACAGCAAAAAAAUUCCAAAAAUUUGAGCUUCGAACAGUCAGCCUACACUCAUUAAUGUUAAAGCACUAGAACGAAAUAGAAUAAGAAUGUGAUUUCAAGUGUGCAGAUCCUGCCUCGGCCAACUCCUUAGUACAACAAUUAAGUAUUUUUAAACACAUCAUAAGGCUGCAUUUUCGAUCUUGCCUGAAUUUCCUUUCUAUCUCAUGCUUUAAUACGAUUUUUCAAUGUACCUAUUGUAUUUUUCAAUCAAUACAUGUAUUCAAUUCCACUGCUUUUGAAUGAAUUAUGGAUUUAUUAAUAACUCAAUCCUGUUAUAAAAUAAAUAAUAGGCUCAAGACUGAUGUGUACUAGGCAUUUGAUUGGAUUUUGUAAAAGCCUCUAUUGCCCACUUUUCUCUGUUUUUGAAUGAAAUAAACUUUAGGAUGAGACUUAUCAGGCCCUACAGAUUUGUUUUUUCACUGAUAUACGAACAAAUACAGAUAAUACCAUGAAAGAAAACUGAAAAUACUUUCGAGAGGACUCAAAAUUCUAAAAUUUGCAGAAAUAUUUAGAAAGUACAAAUGAAAAUUAUGGCGGUUUAAUAACUAACCAUGACAGGAUUUCUCUUUCAACUCUACUAGGAAAAACAAAAUGCUGAAUUCCAACUUCCACAGGCUAUUCUACUGACUUUCUUUUCGCUUGACACCUUCAAUUGGGACAUAACAGGGUAAACAGCACUUUCAUUGGAAUCUAGUCCAGGCAACUGAUUGUGCCCAUUCCAUCCGCAACCCCAAACUGAUCCAUCAUCUGUAAAAACCAGUCAUAGCUUAUAAAUAAAAAAUAAUAUACUGCAGAGUGUAUAUGCAACUUGAAAAAAUAAAAAUAAUAACAAUUACUGGAACCAUAAAACGUAUUUUCGGGCAAAAAACUUCCCGAGAUGAUCAAGAAUAGAUAGCUUCUACUGCUUCCUUGGAUUUUAAUCCAGCUAAUAAUAAAAGGGCCAUUUAAACGUUGUUUUUCUUGUACUUUUUGUUGUAUUUCUAAAAAUAAAGAUCACUUGGUCACAGCUCA